UUAUUCACUGAUUAUUGUAGUGAAUGGCAGUUUCUUUUUUACGUUCUGUUCAGACAGGACUGUGGAAGUGUGAAGAAAAUGGGUAAUUCUAACAAAAAAAAUGACGGAAGGUAGUUUCGACGAUGGAAACUACCUGGUCCGUGUCCGUGCCCAGGUCAUGACCAGAGAUGAUAUCCAAGGUGGAUGGUUUCCUAUGGGUGGUGGUGGACUCAGCAAUGUUUCUGUAUGUAAACGCCUUGUCCCCAUAGAAGAUGAAUCAAAGCAUGAAUAUUUCAUCUAUGGCAAAAGGAUAUCUGACCAAUCAGUUGUCCUCAGCUGUAUUAUCAGGAAGGACUUUCAAUAUAACAAAGUCAUGCCAACCUUUCACCACUGGAGGACAGGAGACAACAGGUUUGGUUUGACCUUUCAGACUGCAGCUGAUGCCAGAGCCUUUGACAAGGGAGUGCGAAUGGCAGUGGAAGAUCUUGAUGGUGCACAUGGUUCUGGUCUUUGCUGUGAUCCAGAUGUCGGCAAUGAAGACGUGUUUAUGACAUUGGAACUGCCCAUGGAUUCUCUAUCUUCUUCGGGCUCCAGCACCACAAGUGGCAGUAUUGCAGGACAUGUCCAGCCAUCAUCUACAAAUCCUAGUAUACCAGGUGAUUUGCUGUCAACCUCAUCAUCUCCAUACACUCAUCCUCAUGCCAACUACCAUCAUCUCCAUCGCAUGCAUUUCAUGCGUUCCUCACGUAUACCUCCAGGACCUAGCAACAGUAGUAGCAUCAAUGGAGUGGGAACAUCAUCUGGAGGUAAAGGAAGUGCAAAUGGUCCAGGAGAAGAAGUAAUAAACAGAGCAAGGACCAGCAAUGAUCUAGGGACUCAAGAUAUUGACAAGAUUGAAGUCCUUUCUGGAGAAUCUUAUUCCUACGUGCAGUUUGCCAAGGAUAAAUCAUCCAGAUUUGAUCAUGAAUACUCCUAUCCUGUCAUGGAUCCAUUAAAAUUAAACAAACAGGAUUGUGUAUCUGCAUGUAGCUACAAGAAACCUCAGUUCUCUGGUAAACAACCUUCCUUGUUGCCAACUAAGAACAAAAAGAAGCACCAUAAAAGAGAAUUGCAAAGACAGUCUCCUGCUGAAUGGUCCCAGUGCCGUUAUUGUCGGGAAAUGUUUGAUGAGGAAAAGAACUAUCAGGGCAGCUGUGAGUAUGCUUUUGAUCCAGUGUUAACAUGCAUCAAUGCUUCCACUUGUAUGUCUUGUGCCCAGUGUAUGCUGUACCACUGCGUGUCUGAUGUAGAGGGAGAAGUCAAUGAACAUACUUGUUCGUGUAAUACCUCUGAUGACCAGUGUUGCCAACGCUGGAUUGGACUAGCGCUUCUCUCAUUCCUCAUUCCAUGUUUGUGGUGCUACCUUCCUUUACGAGCAUGUCAUCACUGUGGUCUCCGAUGUCAUCUGUAUGGAGGUAGGCAUCGAGCUACAUAAUCACCGUGCAACUAGUGCUGAUGUAUUGAAGAUUUUUACCCUAGUGCUACGGUGUUAACAGAUGUAGUGAAUCUAACUUGUACUAGGUCAAUAUUUGGAAGCAGAUUGAUGUUGAAGUACUAAUGCCAAACUGAGCAAUAUGUUUCUAACUCUCUUUAUGGUUCGUAGUAGACCUUGAUAUUUAUUACCCUGCUGAAAAGUAAUAAUUCUUUAUAAAGAAGUGCUAUUUUGUGAAAAUAUAAUUGCAGUAUUUAAGAGACAAGAGUUACUGAUUUAAAAUCCAUAGCAGUCUGUAGUAGGCAUUAGUUAUUCAUUAAAAAUGUAUAGCAGGCCUUUAUUAGACAUAAUUUAUUCAUUAAGAUGUAUUGUUAUCCUUAGUAGCCAUCAAUUAUUCGUUUAAGAUGUAUAGUAGUUCUUAGUAGUCAUCAGUCAUUCAUUUAAAAUGUACAACAGUCCUUAGUAGUCAUCACUUAUUCAUUUAAGAUGUAUAGUAGUCCUUAGUAGACUUCAGUUAUUCAUUUAAUGUAAAAUAGUCUUUUUUUUAGAUAACAAAUGUUCAUUUAAAAAUUAAAGCAGUACUUAGUACGUAUUGGUUAAUUGUUUAUAAAUAUAAGUUAUUCUUUAUUUUAAUCUGUAGUAUUUAUUUAGAGAAAUUCUUUUUUUAAACUACGUAGUUGUUCUUGGAAGAUGGGAAGUUUUCAUGUUGUUCAACAUUCCUUUGUCAGCAGGAGUUUAUUCUUCUGUUAAAAUGCGUAUCAGUAUUUUGUAAACCAGUCCUCCAAAGACAGUUUUAAAUUGUUAUGCAGUCCUUGGAAAACAGACGAUCUGUUAAACUGUAUAGCAGUCCUUGGAAGAUAGGUGUUUUGUUAAACUGUAUAGCAGUCCUUGCAAGACAGGAGUUCUGUUAAACUCUAUAGCAGUCCUUGAAAGACAGGAGUUCCAUUAAACUGUAUAGCAGUCCUUGGAAAACAGGAGUUCUGUUAAUGGGAAGUUAAAAUGUUACGUAAUUUUAGAGAAUUUGAAAAGAUCCUUUUGCUACACUAAAGUUGCUCGGAACAGACUCAAAUUUUUGCGUUUUUUAAUUGCUCUUGCAGUUCUUUACAAGGUCUGGGUUCCGUGUAAAAUUUAGUAUUAUUCUUUAUACUACUUAUCUUAUACAUGUGCGUAAGGUUUUAUUCAACACAUCUACAUUUUAGUGUUGACAGUUUAGCAUAAAAAAUUAUAAAGACAUGAACAUACAAAAAUGUGCAAUAUAAAUGUUAUGUUUAUUGAAUAAAUGAUACUAUAGUAUACUAUAUUACACUUUACCUUGUACUAUAAUAUGUACUUAACCUAUACUGUAUUAAAUAUAUAUAUAAUCCUUGUAGUAUACAAACCUGUAGAAACAUUUUGUGGAUAGAAGGAGGGUGGCAUAUUAAUGAAAUUUUAUUUUAUUAAUUAAGGUUAAGUCAUAAAAUAUUUAAUUGUGGAACUUUCUAAUUCAUAAAGUUAACUAAUAAACAAAGGAGCAAAGGGGUAAGUGUAUUUUGUAAGGCAGGAACUACAGUAAAUUCUAAAGGCUAGUCUUUGUUCUUGUUAAUUAUGUUAAAUGUUAAGUUUUGUUCUGACAGGCGGUUUUGUAAUUUAAGUGCUUUUCAUAUAAUUCACUUGUUUAUAUGAAUAAAACGAUUAUAUGGAUGACAUAACGAUGACAGUUAUAUUCUACAAGGACAGAGAGAUUGUUGUAA